AUGCUAUCCUCUGUUUUCAUUUCCCUCAUAUUUGCUGCAACAUACAUGGCAGCUCCUGCGACUGCCGCGGAGCCAAUACCAGCACAACCUGCUGCUGAAGACCCCAUUCUGGAGUUCUACAUGCACGACAUUCUCGGCGGAAGCAGCCCCACAGCCAGGCCGAUCACCGGUUUGCUAGGGAACAUCUACAGUGGUCAGGUGCCUUUCGCCAGGCCAGUUGGGUUCGUUCCUCCCAAAGGCGGAGUAGCUAUCCCAAACGCCAAUGGCGCCCUCCCUACUGUCAAUAUCAACGGCAUCCCUCUGGGGACGGGCUUGGCUGGAACCCGUUAUGCUGGAGGCCAAGCAAAUGGUCAGAACCAGAACAAUGUUAAUCAGAUUCAGACCCAGCUGGGACCGGAUGGGUUGGGGCUCGGGUUCGGGACCAUCACCGUCAUUGAUGAUAUCCUGACUUCCACCCCUGACUUCGGGUCACAGCAGCUUGGCAAAGCUCAAGGUGUUUAUGUGGCGAGUUCUGCAGAUGGCAGCACCCAGAUGAUGUCAUUCACCGCCAUGUUCGAAGGUGGGGAGUUUGGUGAUAGCAUCAACUUCUAUGGAGUGUACAAGAUCGGCAGCCCCAUGUCGUACUUGUCGGUCACAGGAGGAACCGGAAAGUUCAAGCAUGCCAUCGGGAGUGCCAAUGUGAGAGGGCUCAUCCCUUCUGGACAGCAUGUCACAGAUGGUGCUGAGACAUUGCUCAGGGUCACCGUUCAUCUGAAGUACUAA